AUGCUGGGUCAAGGUAUUAGCAUUAUGACAACUGCGUCUCGAUUGACGUGGGGUUUUGCACGCGAUGGUGGCCUCCCAUUCAGUAACUACCUGACGCAUGUCGAUUCUUACUGGAAGGUUCCGGCACGGGCUCUCUGGGCUCAAGGUGCUAUCAUUUCUUUGGUGGGCCUGCUGUACUUCUUCACAGAUGCGGCCGUGGAAGCAGUGGUCAGCGUCUCCACAAUCGCUUUGACUAUAUCAUACGCGCUGCCGAUAUUCGCCAUUGUCAUUUUUGGAAUGUCUGAUAUUCCCCUUCAUUCAUUUUCUCUUGGACGCUUCCGCCCAAUUAUCAACUGGGUUGGACUCAUAUACUGUUGCGUUACUACGGUAUUUUUCUUGUUCCCUGGCUCCCCGUCCCCUACAAUUGUCACAAUGAACUGGGCUAUUGUCGUCUUUGGGGCGAUGCUAGUUUUUGCAAUUAGCUUUUGGUUCACCAAAGGGAAUCGCACUUACCUGCGGACAGAUGGUGCCUUGGGAGAGAUGUUUCGGGCUGCCCAAUUGGAAGCCCUGCAUAGGCAGUGA